AUGAUGAUCACUCUUGGGCCCCGUCACGGAUUCUACAAGGGCUUUGAGAGUCUACAGAAUGGACUGGAGAUCUUUACGGCAUCGUUCGACGAGGCGACCGUUAAUGCGGAAGCCAAUAUCCUGACUUGCGGGGGCGCUACGAAGUUCCAGCAGGUGAUUGACGCUGUAUAUGCUGCUAAGAAGGACAUUCCGCCCAACGGGAUGAAUUUAAAGGCGGAUUUUGUGUACCCGUCCAACUUCACCGACUCUUUCUAUCAGAAGCUCGAAGAGAUCGAUCCCAUGCCGGGACCACUCUCUGGACUCGGAUGGAACGCCGAGUACAACGACACGACUAUGCCGGUGAAGGCGGUUUACGCUGGGCCAGAAAGCGAAGGACGUGAGGCCAUCGAGUUUCUGCUCCAGCUCGGCCCCAUUCUUCAACAGAACAUCACCGAGGUCCCCUGGCACCAGGUCAUCCAAAGCUCAUUCUUCGGAGCCGCUCUGUGUCAAAGGUACUACCAGGAGGUCUAUCUUAUCAGCUGUAUUCAACACCAUGCCAAGUUGGUGGAGCAGUUCGAGGAGAUGAUCACAAAGUACCCGCAGACGAUCGGCAGCGGGCUAGCCCUGUACUUCCCUACCACCCAAGCCGCCCGGGCAGUCCCUAGCAACGCCACCGCGGCGUUUGAGAUCGUCUACUCGGACAAUACUACUACCGAUACCACCGUCGACAAUUUCCGUGAGCGGCUACGUAGCAUGUUCGUGGAAACGGCCGGAACUGAUGGCUUGAAGGCAUAUCUCCCGCGGCGACGAGCCGCUUGA